CGACGGGCUUGGAUCAGCAGGCAUGGCCUGCAACAUCUUGCCUGUGUCUGUGUGCAACUGAGCCUGGUGAGAAGGUGGCCGCUGUAAUUCCUUCCUUCCUGCUGUCCUUCCGACCUUCCUUCCACACGCAGUUUGGAGGGGCUACAGACUAAAAGCACCUUAAAAUGGUGCUGUGGAGAGGCAAGAUGUGGCAGCUGCUGGUGGCCCUGUGCCUGGCCCAGGGGCUGGGUGACACCGUCGCGCUUGCUGGAGUGAUCCACGACAACCCCGAGCAGUUCAUGAACAUCAGCCAGAAGAUCCGUUUCCAUGGGUAUCCCAGUGAGGAGUACGAUGUGCUGACGGAGGACGGCUACUUCCUCAGCCUCAACCGGAUUCCCCACAGCAAGGGGGAUGCGGGGCACUCAGGAUCCAGGCCACCUGUGUUGAUAGUGCAUGGGUUCAGUUUAGAUGGUGGUGACUGGGUGGACAACCUCCCCAACAGCAGCUUGGGCUUCAUCCUCGCAGACGCGGGUUACGACGUCUGGAUCGGAAACAGCCGGGGCAACAGCUGGUCCCGCCGGCACCUGAACCUUUCUGUUGACCAAGAGGAGUUUUGGGAUUUCAGCUUCCACGAGAUGGCCGUGUACGACCUCCCUGCCAUGGUGGGCUUCAUCCUAAGGCAAACCGGGCAGGAGAAACUGUUCUACAUCGGCCACGCGCAGGGCAACUCUCUGGGUUUCAUAGCGUUUUCAAGCAUGCCGCAGCUGGCUGAGAAAAUCAAACUCUUCUUUGCACUGGCUCCUCUCUACACUUUUCAUCACGUCAAAGGCCCCGUGUUAAAGCUAGCAUUUUUACCAGAUGCGGUGCUGAAGGCAAUAUUUGGAACAAAGCAGCUGACUCUGGUGGGGAGGAAGGAGAGAGCCAUCCUUGCAAAGACAUGCAGCAACCUGCUAACAGCUGAAGUCUGUGAAAAUGAGAUCUUCCUUAUUGGCGGGUACAACAAGAAGAACUUGAAUGUGAGCCGACUGGAUGUGUACCUAGCUCAUUUUCCAGACUAUACAUCAGUAAAAACUCUUCUCCACUGGGGACAGACUGCCAAAACUGGGGACUUCAAGCAGUUUGACUACGGGGUGAAGAACCAGGAGAAGUACAACCAGACCACUCCCCCCUUCUACAGGAUAGAAGACAUGACGGUGCCAACCGCCCUGUGGAGCGGUGGGGAGGACUGGGUGAACCCCCCUCUGGAGACCCAGCGCUUGCUGCCCCGCAUCACCAACCUCGUUCGUCACGAGCACUUCCCCGACUGGAACCACUUUGACCACCACUGGGGUCGGGACGCCCCUCAGCGCAUGUACAGGCAGAUUGUCGCUCUGAUGGAGCAAAAUCCAUGAACGGUCCACGUGCUGCCCCGGGAAGGAGGAGGAGGAGGAGCCACCCAUUACCAUGUGCCUGGGGACAUGGGUUUUGCGUGAGGGCUGCCAAACUGCUCCUGCCCACUUAAAAAUGUCUCCUUUCACCAUA